AUGGAUUUUCCUGAAGAGAGUCCCGAUUUUGUGGAGUGGCUUUUCGUGACAUGCCCCCUAUCGAGUAUCUAUCGAUUAGACGGGAAAAAGAGAAAAUACAUAGUGAAAUACACAAAACAUGAGCUGGCCGUGAAAGAAAAGGAGAUUUUGGAAGGACUCAGUCACCCGAAUAUUGUCACUUAUUUCGGAACAAAAAAAAAGAGUAGCGAGCUGGGAAUUGUGAUGGAAUUCUGUGAAAGUGGAUCACUUUACGAAGUGAUCAACAACCCAAAAGUGAUCUACACAGUAACAACGGUCGUCACCUGGACAUCUCAACUCUUUGAAGCGCUUAAUUACCUCAAAGGAAAGCACAUUGUUCAUCGAGAUUUGAAACCUCACAAUAUCUUUCUCACAAAAAACUUUGUGCUGAAACUGGGUGAUUUUGGAUGUCAUCGUUUUGUGGAGAGAACGAUUGGAUGCAUGGAUGAGACAGGCACUCCCCGAGCCGUCCUCUCGGAAUACACCAAAACGAUUCAAGGAGUCGACACGUUUGAUCAGUCGGCUUUCUGGUUGGAUGUGGUCAUGAAAACACGAACAGGAACAGGACCGACACCUCCCGAAUGUGUUAAGAAUUUUCAACAAUUUGUUGUUAAGUGUACCGAAUUCGAAUAUGAAAAUCGACCCACUGCGACGGAAGCCAUAAGAGAUUUGAAGAUGUUUUUGGAAGAUCCUUCGUUGAUGAGUCAUGAUUUCCGUCCAUAUACCGAUGAGCAGCUGGAUAUUGCGAUCCGACCGAUCGGCUUCGAUGGAUCAAAAAGCAACAAGAUUCCUAUCUAUACAAAACCCGUUGAGAGUUUUGAGAUUGGUUCUUUAUCAGUCACCUUUUCCGAUAAAACGAAAAAUUUAAUCCAAAAUGAUCACUCUCAAAAAGAGAUCUCGAUCGGUGAUAAGUUUUUGGAAUCGGUUAAACUCUCAGAGGAUUUGAGUAGAGAGUAUUUCAUCUAUCCACGAAAACAAUUCAAGGAAAAGUUCCAAGAAAUCUCAACAGAAGAAAGGGAGGAUUUUGUCAGGAACGUCCCAAAAAUCAUAGAAACUCACUACAGGAAAUUUAAUGAUUAUCACCAAAACUUUAGCACUCACAUUAAGGAUAAAUUGAUCCGUGCAUCACGACCACAAAAAAUCGAUGACUAUUUUGAGGAAAUACUCUUUUGGGAUCAUUUCCAUCAGCUCACACUUUACCAGAAGGCUUAUAAAAAUCUGGAAAGGCUCAGAUCCAGAAAAACUCUUCACAUUUUCACCGAACUCAACUUUCUGCUCGAUGAGCUCAAAAUCAUCAAAAGGUUUUACGUUCGCCGAAUUCACCUAAAAUGCUAUUUUUCUUGGGAAACCUUAGAGGAAUGGCUGUUUCUGAGAGACCUACGAGUUUCAACGACUAGAGGACGGAAAUUCAUCCGGAAGGAUCUUUGUUUUAUGAUAAACCAAAAAAUCGACGAAGCUGUUCGGAUGCAGCUUCUGGGCGAUGAGCCACUUGACAUCAGUGAGGUGAUCGACGCUGUCGAUCGAUUGAUCAAAAAGCUCGAAACACUGUUCACAGUAAAAUAUAAAGAAUUGACGUUAGUGAACAUGCCGUCGAAACCCUUUCUGCUCACCAACGACACUCAUAGCUUUGAUAUACGAUACGUUUUUCAAAUGAAACGUCCACCGAUUCACAUAUGCAUCUGUGAGCCGAAAUGUGCUGUGGUUAACACGAUCACCGUUGAUGAAAAAUUGCAAAAAAUCUAUAAGCUUAAAGAAUUCCACUAUCACAAAUGCGCAAACCGAUGCCAGGUUUCGUUUUUGAGCAAUUUUUUGACUCUUUGCAAACGAUUUAUUGGUGUUUUGGUGGAUAGGACGGAAACGGGUUUCGAAAUGGUUUGGGAAGAGGCGGAAAAUUUCGAGAAAACGACUUACGAAAGUUCUUUUCGUGAUCUCGAAUUUCCAGUGAAAGGGUCUCUCAAAAACGAUCCGCUUAGUCGUUUCAUUCCGAAUUUUUUCCUCUUCCUACAUUGCUUUGAUGAAAGCUCAAAAAUUGAUGUGAUUUUACUCGAUCAUCCGUCAAAUUAUCAGCAAAAUGAGGAAAUUCAGGCUUUCGAUCGGCAUUUCAAACUGACGACGAUUCGGGCGGAAGAAGCGAAAAAUUCUCUGUCAACGAGCUCGUUUGUAGCCAUCAAUACAGUACUCGAUUGCUGGCAAAUGAACUUUAGAGAGAUU